GAGAGAGAGAGAGAGAGAGAGACAGAGAGAGAGGGAGAGAAGAGGGGAGAGUCAGGCACGCAGCACCAUCAGGUUUGUCACAGCAGCAUCCAGAGGAGGACGGAUGAGGAGGAGGGAUUGGGGUGAAGGAAGCAGCGUGUGCCUGCAGUGAGGAGGGACACAAAACGCUGAGACGGUUUCCCCUCCUGGCCUCACUGACCCAUGAAAGAAGUCAUGCCGGUCCUCACAGCAGGAGCCGGCCUUCACGAGACUUUGGCCCUGCUGACCUCUCAGCUGCGGCCCGAUGCCAACCACAAAGAGGACAUGGUGUUCCUCAAGGACGUCUUCAGUGAGAGGAGUUUGGGAUACCUGAUGAAGAUUCACGAGAAGCUGAGACAGUAUGAGAGACAAAGUCCAAUGCCUGUCCUCCACAGCGCCGCCUCUCUGGCAGAGGAUGUGGCAGAAGAGCUACAGAGUGGACCAAUGAGCACUGAGGAGAAGGAGCUGCUGUACCUGCUGACAUCACCACAUCUCAAGGCCGUUCUCUCAGUGCAUGACACCGUGGCUCAGAAAAACUUUGACCCGGUACUGCCGCCGUUACCGGAUGACUUUGAGGACGAGUUGGAGGAGGAGUCAGUGAAGAUUGUCAGGCUGGUGAAGAACAAAGAGCCUCUGGGAGCCACCAUCAGGCGCGAUGAAGCCACUGAGGCAGUGAUUGUGGCUCGGAUCAUGAGGGGAGGAGCAGCUGACCGAAGCGGUUUGGUUCAUGUCGGAGAUGAACUCAGGGAGGUCAACGGCAUCUCCGUAAUCCACAAGAGGCCCGAUGAGAUCAGUCAGCUGCUGUCCCAGUCUCAGGGAUCCAUUACGCUCAAGAUCAUCCCUGCAGUCAAAGAGGAGGACAGACUGAAGGAGAGCAAGGUGUACAUGAGAGCUUUGUUUGACUACAUCCCAUUGGAAGACAAGGCCACACCCUGCCAAGAGGCGGGGCUUCCGUUCAAGAGAGGAGACAUCCUGCAGGUCGUGACCCAGGAUGAUCCAACGUGGUGGCAGGCCAAGCGCGUGGGAGACAGCAACUUGAGGGCCGGGCUCAUCCCCUCCAAAUACUUCCAGGAGAGGCGUCUGGCCUACAGGAUGAAAAUGGGCACGCUCCCGAAUCCUAAAUCCCCUAAAAAGCCUGUCUAUGACCAGGGCUGUGAUAAAGAGGACUGUGACUGUGAGGGCUAUUUCAAUGGACAGUACAUAGUCUCUCCUAAGUGUAAAGCAGUGGCGCCUUCCUGUGGCCAGGUGUUUUCCUGGGAGUUUUAUUCAGCUGGUCUGCGGAGGAGUUUUCGGCUGAGUCGUAAGGACAGACAGGGAUCCUCCGGGGAUGGUUCAGAUCCUGGAGACCCAGAGUUCCUGACCUACGAGGAGGUGAUGCGUUACCAACAGCGGCCCAAUGAGAGGCCUCGCUUGGUGGUUCUGAUUGGUUCUCUUGGAGCACGAAUCAAUGAACUCAAACAGCGCGUGAUCGCUGAAAACCCGCAUCGCUACGCAGUGGCUGUACCGCACACCACCAGGCCCAAGAAACCUCAGGAGAAAGAGGGCGUGGAGUACCACUUUGUCACCAAACAGCAGUUUGAUGCAGACGUACUGAACAACAAGUUCAUUGAGCACGGGGAGUACAAGGAGAACCAGUACGGCACCAGUAUAGAGGCCAUCCGCUCUGUGCAGGCCAAAAACAAAAUAUGUAUCGUUGACAUUCAGCCUGAGGCCUUGAAGAGACUGCGGACAGUGGAGUUCAAGCCCUACGUAGUUUUUGUCAAACCCCGAGUUCCCGAGAGCAGACGUCGUCGAAGUGCUGCCAUCUCACCAGGAGGGGGCGAGCACGGCCGCCUUACGGAUGAGGACCUGCAGGAGAUGCGACAGUCUGCCAUUCAGAUCGAUCAGCAGUACGGACAUCUGGUGGACCGGGUCCUGAUCAAGGAGGACUCAGCAAGUGCCUGUGCAGAACUGAGAGGUAUUCUAGAAUGUCUGGAGCGAGAGUCCUUCUGGGUGCCAGUCAGCUGGCUGCGGACCUAAAGGCACGCGGUGCAUCUUUUAGAGGAGCUUCACACCCACAAUCCUACACUGGCCCAGUCAGCUAAUCCUCCUCCAUCCCAAAAAAGGCACACUGUCAGGCCCUGAAGUCCAACAUACUCCUUCUUUCCUGAAAUGAUGCACAUCAAGUAGGGCAGCCAUGAAAUGAGGAGAGCAUGAUGGAAGAGGGAAAACCUGCUGGUCUGAAUGGUUAUUGCAGAUUGUAGGAACUUCUCGCCAAAAAUCACUUCCUGAAACUCAAAGAGAAGGCUGAAAAAGUAUGUGGUAAUCCUCAUUCCGUCACUCACAAGUUGCAGAGGUGACGGCAUCAGCUUCACUGUGACGCCUGCUGGAGUACAUUUAGUAGCAUUUUGUUUGUUUUACAGUUUUAUUCUUCAGAUCGGAGAAAGCUUCCUGUUUAAUGCCGAUCAUGCGUCCUGUAAAGUAUCAUAAAUUCAACAGUAGUAAUUAAGUGAAUGGUCUUCGGAAUUGUUUUGUUUUCCUCCGCUGAACACACGGACAGCUACAAAACAGCGAUAUCCAAAUGGAAUGUGAAAAAGACUUUUAUUUUCUACAAAAGCUGUUUGUUUGUUUGUUUUUGGGAAUGCAUUCAACGUUUAUUUAAUCUCAGCUGUAAAUUGGUGUAAAUGUUAAUCCUCAUAUGCCAACGACUGAUCUCGUAGCACUUCAAUGCAACCUGUUUACCUUUGAUCCCGGAAUCCACCGCCCAUUCGUG